CUUCGCUAACACUACGUUAUAUUCAGGCUCUGUACCUAACCUUUGGUUGCAUCUAUCAUUAAGUAUCAUAUUAUCAUAAUUUAAGCUCUUUAAAUAUUCAUCAUCACUUGGCUACUUUAGACUUACCAUCUAAGACUCAAAGCCCCGAAUAUACCUACUCCAAUGACAGUCACAGCUGACGACAUCGCUGCACUAGUACAAAAACACUACGAUUCUCUUCCAGCAAAGAGGAAACCACUCGUCAGAGGCAAUGGGCUUAAGGAAUGGGUGCCUUUGGCUGGAAUAGUGGCUCAAGGAAAAGAUGGUGAACUCAAGUGUCUAGCCCUCGCGUAGGUCAGCCUCUCGAAAUCAAUCACAUAUUCCCUAAAUUAAAUUCACCUGGCGGCAAAAGAAACACUUAAGAAGACCCUAACAUAGAACCGGUCUAGAUCGGGCAUGAAAUGCCUCCCCACGUCCAAAGUAUCGCAAGCGCAGGGGAACAUACUGCACGACUGGCAUGCAGAAGUGCUGACUAUACGGGCGUUUAACCGCUUCGUACUCGACGAGUGUAAGGUAUUAGCUCAGGGGUGUUCGUCUGAGUUUCUACGAUGGCGGACUAUCGAUGAGAUAGCUUCGAGUUAUUGUCGUGAUGAUACCCGAGCAGGAGAGCCAGGAGGACAAGGAAGCGAAUGGCGCGGACAGCCUUUCACUUGGAGGGAGGACGUCCUCCUACACAUGUACUGCUCUGAAGCACCUUGUGGCGAUGCAAGCAUGGAGCUGAUAAUGGAAGCCCAAGAGGAUGCUACGCCAUGGGAAUUACCCUUAACAAACCCUUCUGUCCCCCUUCCCACCACGGACCCCUCAACCUCCCUGCCCGGCCGUGCCUACUUCUCCCAACUAGGCGUCGUCCGGCGGAAACCCGCACGUUCGGAUGCGCCUCCUACGCUGUCCAAGUCGUGCUCCGAUAAACUAGCUUUACGACAAUGUAUCUCGCUGCUCUCAUCUAUAACCGCACUCCUCGUUGACCCGCGUCACGUCUACAUACAUACUCUAGUCCUCCCGGAAUCACGGUACUCCGAAUCCGCCUGUCGUCGAUCCUUCUCCUCUUGCCCUAUAGAUGGACGCAUGAGAAGUAUGGCAUCGGCGGAAGAGCAAGAAGAACGGCUUAAAGGAGAAGGGGAAGCUCCUUAUACAUUCCGCCCCUUUACCGUAAAAACAACAUCAUCCGAAUUCGCCUUCUCUCAGCGGGCCGCAACCCAAGCCACCGCCAAUAACGCCAACCAACAUGCCGCCACCAAUGAGCAGAACAGACCAGCCGCGCAGAAAGUUUCAGCCAGCAACAUAUCCGCAGCAUGGACUCGCUCCGGCCUCGAAGAAACGACGCUAGGCGGCAUCCUACAGGGGCGAAAGCAGUCUGCGGCCGACGCACGAGGGGCUAGCUUUGCUUCGAGGCGGAGGAUAUGGGGACUUGCCGUAGAGGUAGCUGAUUUACUUCUACCACAGGCGGGAGAAGAUAACGAAGAAGGGGAAGAGGGAGAGGGAGAGGCUAUGAAUACUUCCGCCAUUGCUGAUAUACGGAGGGCGCUUACCGCGGAAACGUACGGCGAGAUGAAGGGCUGUGCAUUGCUAGAGCCUCGAAGACGGGCCAAACACAGGGCUAGAGCAGAAGCACUAAAAGGUUGGGUAAGAAAUCUAGGCGAUGAGUCCUUCAACCUAUAAAUAUGGCAGUAUGACAGGUUAGGUAGUUCGUAUACAUACUCUUCAGAGG